UGCGGAGAGCCUCUCGACAGGUUACGGGUUUCAAUAGCAAGCCACACUGGAGAGAUUGCAUCGUACACCAUCGAUUUUGGUUUGAAAACUCGCAACAAUGGUCGUCCCAAGUCUGAGCUCAGAGUACUUAACUCUGAAGAUCAAUGAAUCCAGAAUAAAUGCAACCAUUCACGAGUCUUGCGAAUGGGGGAAUACACCAGAUGGAGGUAUGAAUCGUCUGACAGCGAAUGAUGAUGACAAAAGAGUUCGAGACUGGUUCAUUGCGAAAACAAAGGAAUAUGGAUGCUCCCACAAAAUUGAUGCUAUCGGAAACAUCUUUGCGAUUCGACCUGGACAAAAUAACUCGUUGCCUCCCAUAGCUAUUGGCUCACAUCUCGACACUCAGCCCACUGGAGGAAGAUACGAUGGCAUCUUGGGGGUUGUGUGUGGAGUGGAGGUACUGAAGGUCUUACAUGAAAACAAUAUUACAUCUUAUGCUCCAGUUGCAGUAGUAAACUGGACAAACGAAGAGGGAGCUCGAUUCCCACCAUGUAUGCUGGGAUCCGGUGUCUGGGCAGAGCAAUUCACAACAGAAUACGGCCACACCCGCGUUGAUCUCGCUGGCAUAAGUCUUGGAGACGAGCUCAAGAGAAUCGGCUAUGUUGGCUCAGAAGCCGCAAGCUUCAGGACAAACCCCAUUCUCGCACAUUUCGAAGUCCACAUCGAGCAAGGCCCGAUCCUCGACAAGGAGGAGAAGCCAGCAGGAGUUGUUCGAGGUGUCCAAUCGAUGAAGUGGUACAAUCUGAAGAUCACUGGAAGAGAAGCUCAUACUGGAUCCACGCCAAUGGAUAGGAGAAGCGACGCGCUUCUGGGAGCCGCCAAGAUGAUUGUUGAAGCAAAUCGCAUUGCCACAACCAGAGAUCUGGCUGACCGCGGUGCUCGUGCUACCAUUGCUGUUAUCAAUUCCAGCCCUCAGAGUAUCAACACAAUUGCAGGAGAAGUUCAGAUAAAUCUUGAUAUGCGGUCGCCAUUUGAUGAAGACGUUGCGGAAAUGGAAAGACAAUGUAGAGAAAACUUUGAGAAGGUAUGCGAAGAACAUGGUCUAAAGUUGACUUUCGAAACAAUCUGGACGUCACCUGCGGUCAAUUUCAACGAAGUUAUGAAGCAAUGUGUACGAUCGUCUGCACUGGAGCUUGGAUGCAAUAUGGAACUAACCAGCGGAGCCGGACAUGAUUCAGUCUAUACAUCAAAGCAUGUACCCACAGCCAUGAUCUUUGUUCGAUGCAGAGAUGGUGUUAGUCACAAUCCUGCUGAAUACACCAGACCUGAGGACUGUGCUGCGGGCGCUCAAGUGCUGCUAGGAGCCUACCUCCGCUAUGACAACUAUGUCCGACAGGAGUACACAGCUAAAGUGGCUGAUGUUGCCGCAGAAAAAACGGCCGUCGUAAGCCAAGUAGAGGUGCAAGCUUGAAUCUGUCUUCAAGGUGGUAUAAAGCGGAGCUUGGGAUAUUCUGAGAAUGGUGUAGAUAGCUUGAUUUGAAUGCCAGAAUGUCCAUAGAAACUUGUUCCAUUAGACCAAAUUGACUGGCG